GUUGCCAGAAGUUGACUCUCCAUCAGACCACUUUCAGUUCCUCUCUGCUCCUUGAAUUCCAGCAAAAGCCACACCACCUCACAUCUUCUUCCUAUUGCUCUAAAUUUUUAGAUGUUAGAAAAAUAAAUUAAAAGAUAAAAAGCUUCUCUCCUUACAUAAACUUCAGCUCUCCAUCGAAUCACUUGUUAGUUUGUUUCCUUUUCUUUUCUUUUCUUCAUUCUAGAGGGAGCAGAAACGACUUUUAAUAUGGAUGGAAUGUACGGUUUCCACUCGACGGCGGAGUACUCUGACAGAGCGUUGCUGUCGCCGGAGAAUCUGAUUUUGCCUUCAGAUUACCAGACCUUCUUUUCUUCCGAAACUUUCCAAAAUCGGAUUCCUCUUUUCGUAUCGGAUGAGCUAUUCUCAACUGCCUCGGCGAUUUCUGAGACCGCUUCAAUCGCAUCCGAAAUUCCACGAGAAGAAGAUUUCUCCGCUUUGAUCAAAGCUAAAAUCGUUUCUCAUCCUUCUUAUCCUCGCCUGCUCCAAGCCUAUAUCGAUUGCCAGAAGGUAGGUGCGCCUCCGGAAAUAGCAUAUUUGUUAGAUGAAAUCCGGCGAGAAAACGAUUUUUGCAAGCGAGACGCUGUCUCCACAUGCUGGGGAGCUGAUCCCGAGCUCGACGAGUUCAUGGAAACCUAUUGCGAUGUGUUGAUGAAGUAUAAAUCUGAUCUUGAAAGGCCUUUUGAUGAAGCGACCACCUUCUUGAACAAGGUUGAAAUGCAGCUCCGCAAUCUGUGCACGGACGCCUCCAUUAGAAGUCCCUCUGAUGAAGGUGCACAAUCGUCUGACGAGGAGCGGAGUGGAGGAGAAUUAGAGGUACAUGAAGCUCAACCAACCAGUGAAGACAGAGAUCUUAAAGAUAAACUUUUGGGCAGGUUUGGAAGUCAAAUUAGCACGUUAAAGCUGGAGUUUUCCAAGAAGAAAAAGAAAGGAAAACUACCCAAGGAAGCAAGGCACACCCUGCUUGAAUGGUGGAAUGUUCACUAUAAAUGGCCUUAUCCAACUGAAGCUGAUAAGAAAGCAUUGGCAGACUCAACUGGACUAGAUCAGAAGCAAAUUAAUAAUUGGUUUAUAAAUCAAAGAAAGCGACACUGGAAACCCUCAGAGAACGUGCAAUUUGCUGUUAUGGAUGAUCUUCCUGGACCCUUUUUUAUUGAUGAUUGAGUUUCAUGGGCAUUCUCAAACCUGGUCAUUUGUGUUGGCUUCAUGUCUAUUCUGCAAUGCAAACUUUAGUAGCAUUGAAAUGCUUAGGAAGAGGGG